AUUACAGUGAAAUUGUUUUUUUAUAUUUUAGAAAUAACGGAGAAAACAAAAGUAAUUUAGUAAUUCCUUUUUAUGGAUUCUGAGUUCAUUUAUUUCCAACUUUGAAUUUUUUAAUUGAACCCAUGUUGUCCAUCUGAGUAUUUUUCUUCCUUUUAAGAUGGGUUUCAUCUGACUAGCUUCUUUUUGGCAGGACUGUCCGAACAUGCCCACCGUUUCACCUCAUCCUAAAACGGAAUGAUUUUCAUUUUAUGUAAUGUCUUGUGACAGCUUCUCAUGAAACUAUGUAGACUUUAGCACGAGUCUCCAGUAUGCACUUAAGCGGAUGCUAGUCCAAAGGCCCAGGGCCAGCACAAAGCCACACUUCAUCUCUGAGCUCUGCCACACAUGAAUGCUUAAAGAAAAGCUGCCCUCCAGGCGCUGGAAUCCAUAGCCCUGUGGAGGCUGCAGAUAAGGCCAUGCGGAUGUGUGCUUUGGAAGGGCUCACGUUACACGCUGAAACCCAUGCCACUCAGGAACUGUUACCAUAUGAAAGCAGACUGUUUUGAAAGGAGAGCACCACCUGGCUUGGCUCUUUGUGUCAGCGUGAUAACACCGGCCAUGCCAGAUGGAACGUGUUAAAUUGUCUCUAUCAAAGCUAAUGAGUUUGAGGUCAGUGGCUGAGGAUUUCUUAGACCACCUCCGCAAGCCACACAGAAAGGCUGUGAUCCAAAGCAAUUCACUGGAGGUUUGUGUAUGUUGUGGCAGUCCGAUGGUUUGGGUGUGGGGUGUAGGUUGAUGUGUCACAUUUGGGUUUUUGGUCUGUCUUGUUGUCUGCGCGUGUCAUGCUCAAGCAGUAAUUUGACAGUGAUUACUACAUCAUUCAUAAAAAAUGAUAUUUAUUCAGUGAAACAUGGCCUCUGAGGUCUGAAAUUAGCAUUUUUCUCUCAGCAUUUCACCAAUAGAAAGAAUCUAUUUGGACGGAUGAGGUGUUUCUCCCUGUAGGAAAGAAAGAGGUGUCAGAGGAGAUCUUUUGAAUAUGACAAAUAUUUCUCCUUGAUGGCACUGGGAUGUCAUUGAGAGCAAUUUUAGAUUUAGAAAAUAGACUAAACUAACAUGUCUCCUCUCCUCGGUCUGGUGAAUAAUUUUUUGUAAUUCUGCUUGAAUGAAUCAAUUCACUAGAAUCCAAGGCUGCAUGAGCGAUACGUUUGCGGUAAAUGGUAAUUAUAUGAAAUUACAGCUUGCUUCAUAUUUUUCUGUACCUCUCUGCAGAGGAGCUGGAAGCAGAAGAUGCCACGCUGGUCGAUACAUGUACCAUGAGGAGCGCAGGAGAGCUACGCUGAAGACAGACGGGAGAAAACAGUUCACCUGGACACAUUUCACAGGUCACGUUGAGCCCAUGCGGUGGUCCAUGCUACCCCUGCUGCUCUUGUCCUGCAGCCAGAUAUUUGCCCAGUGCCCAGGUGACAUCUGUCCACAGAACGCCGACCCCGGACAGGAUGAUGUCACGGCCAACCGUGUGCCGACCGUGGAUCCUAAACUCUUUAACAAGAGACGGUAUCGCUCACCUCGUGUUCUGUUCAGCGAACUACCGCCCGACUCAGAGCCCGCUGGGCACCAGACGAGGAGCAGGGCGAAGAGGAAAGCAGGAGAGCCUCAACACCGAGGAGUUUACUCCGUCUGCGAGAGUACUAGCACUUGGGAGGGAAAUAAAACCAAAGCUACAGACAUCUCGGGCAACGAGGUCACAGUCUUGCCUGAUGUUCUCAUCAACAACUCCAAAAAAAAGCAGUACUUUUUUGAGACGACCUGCAGCAGCGGGCGGACUGGAGGAUCCGGGUGUUUGGGAAUUGAUGCACGCCACUGGAAUUCACACUGUACCAAUUCACACACGUUUGUGCGAGCGCUGACUUCAUUCAAGAACCUGGUAGCGUGGAGACUCAUAAGGAUCAAUGUGGCUUGUGUGUGUGUGCUGAGCCGAAAGUCUUGGAGACAAUAAAAAACUGGCUGCUUUUCAACACCCAGCGCCGGCCUUAUGAUAUUAAACUUGAUAUUCCUCCACGUGGACAUUUUCCUUGUGCAAACCGUCGACUUAACUUAUGACAUAAAACAGACUGUUUAAGGAGAAUAAAUAUGUUUUUGACAUAGGUAACUACAGUGGAAAGACUUGGACUUCAGAGUUUGUUUUUUCAGUUCUUUUUUUAAGUAUUUCUGUCUUGUUAAGAUAAUAGUUUUCUUUUGGAGCAGUACGAGAACAUGUACAUACAGUGUUGUGUGUGGUAAUUGUUAUUUAUUAAACUGCAUCAUUAUUGUCUAGUUUAUUUUGUGCAUAUUAGGAGAUGAGGUCAUUUAAAGGAACAUUCUAAGUUAAUUACAACUUAAAAUGUUAAUGUCUGUCAUCAUUUACUCAUACUUGAAAACCUCAGUCUCCGUUCAUUAUAAUUGCAUUGAACUUUUUGUCUUCUUGUUUCUUCUGUAGAAGAAAUAAAGUUAUAUGGGUUUGGAACGACAUGAGAGUGAGUAAAUGAUGACUGAAAUUUCACUUUUGGAUGAGUCUAUUGUUAAUGUGACUUCAAAAGAAACCUAAUUUACUUAUUAAUACAUGUUAAUGUUGAUUUGUGCAAAUUUUUCCGAAAGGAAUUAAUGACUGAAAGACUUUCAUUUUUGGCUGAUGUCACCAAGCCCCCCAACCAAUUUUCACAGAAAGCUUGUCAGUGAGUUACCAAUGGUUCAAAAGGUCCAGGGUCCAGUUGCAAGAACUAUAUUGUAAAGAAUUUUCUAAACCUUAGGGAUUUCUUACAAACCUCUACUGGCCUAUAUGUUCUUGUUAAAUAUAUUGACUCUAAAAUACAUCAUCUUAUCAAAUUAAAAUGGUUUCAUGUUGACUGAA